GCGGGCCGCCAUGGCGUCGCCCCCGCUGUCGGCGGCGGGCGGGAGCGGCGGCGAGCUCAGUUCGGGCUCCGAGGCGGCGGCCACGGGCGCGGCGCUGCCGGACCGGGACCUGCCCGCGCUCUUCGAGCAGGCGGCCGAGCGGCUCCCCUCGCUGCUGCCCGCUGUCAGCAAGGAGCAGCUGCUCUAUCUGUACGCCCGCUACAAGCAGGUGAAACUUGGAACCUGUAACACCCCCAAGCCAAGCUUCUUUGAUUUUGAAGGAAAGCAGAAAUGGGAGGCUUGGAAAGCCCUGGGAGAUACCAGCCCUCACCAAGCUAUGCAGGAGUACAUCGCUGCAGUGAAAAAACUCGACCCCAGUUGGAAUCCACAGACACCAGAGAAGAGGGGAAAGGAAAGCAAAACUGUAUUUGGAGGCCCAGUCAUCAGCUCAUUAUAUCAAGAAGAAGAAAUAAUCAGGGAAGAGGACAAGAACAUUUUUGAUUACUGCAGAGAAAACAACAUUGACUAUGUAACCAAAGCCAUUCAAUCAAAAAAAGUGGAUGUGAAUGUCACAGAUGAGGAGCAGAGGCAGGACCCAUGGCUCGAGUGCUUCAGACCUGCCAGAGGAAUGAGCUUUUGGGGACUUGGCAUCCAGGGCCGGGCUCUGCUCCAUUGGGCAUGUGACAGAGGACACAAGGAGCUGGUUUCAGUUCUGCUGCAGAACGCUGCUGACGUGAACAUCCAGGAUGGGGAAGGCCAAACUGCACUCCAUUAUGCUGCCACCUGCGAGUUCUUGGACAUCGUGGAGCUGCUGCUGCAGUCGGGAGCCGACCCCGGGCUGCGGGACCAGGAGGGCUGCCUGCCCGAGGAGGUGACGGACUCCAAAGCCAUCACUUCGGCUCUGCAGCAGCACGGCCCCGCCGAGCCCUGACCCCCGCGGGCACGGAGAUGCUCUGCAAUAGCACCCCUUCCCCCCAUCCCCACUGCCCUCCCCAAACACCUCGGGGGUUCGAGGGGACCUUUUAAAGCACAGGGUCUGGCUGGGCUCUGCAGCACGAGGGCCAAGUGCAUGCCCUGAGCAGGAUGGCAUCAGAGCUCGCCAUGCUCUGACGUUCAUCAACGUUUGAGGGGGGAGGGAGAGGGGAGAGGGCCUGGAGGAGGCCCCAGGUGUUAUUUUAAUGUAUCAAACACGAGUACUGUAUGGGCUGUCUCACCAGAGCAGCGUGGGCUGACCUGUUGGCUCCUCCGUGGGGAUGCAGGGCCAGGUGAGAUGCUCAUCUCUCCCGUUCAGGCUGAAUUUUGGUUUGUUAUUUUUUUUUUCCCCUGGGUCCAAACAAAUAAUAUAAAUAAAAGCACAGUGCUGGGA